AUGCUCAGAAAUAGAAGGAGAAGUGGGCCAGUUCUGCACUCGAGCCGCUGUACUUGGUAGAAAGAGUUUACUUGCUUCGUACUUGCAGUUGAAAGUGCAUAGUGUUCCGUCCUCCUCUUCCCAUUCUCUAACAACUAUCUUCCGAUCUUAUCGGGCUUGACUUUUACUUUGGUGAACGCUCGCUCUUCCUCCCGCAAUCAUGGUGGACAAGAAGUUCGAAGGAAUCCAGCUGGUGGCUCGCAUCCUGGCCAUAGUCAGUGGAAUCAUUGUUCUGGCCAUUAUUGUGGACAAACUUAAAGUGACAGUCCCCACCAUAUCUGGUGUCUCAGCUGAUGUAUGUUUCUAUCAGGCAUCUGGUACUGAAACGUGCGACUUUGGCAUUGGCAUGGGUGCCGUAUCCUUGGUCGUCGGCCUGAUCCUUUCCGUCGUCAACGUCCUGGCCCUAGUGCUUCCCGGCCCUCUGGCUCUGAUUGUGCUGCCAGGUGGACGUCGCCGCACCUUGGCCCUCAUUGAUCUUGGCUUGUCACUGGUCAUUGCUGCAGUCUGGUUUGCAUGCGCCAUCUAUACCACCGUCGAGUAUGCCGACUUGUCCGUCACAGCAGAUGAGCCAAAUGCUGGUGUGUUCUUUACGUGGCUAUCGUUUGCCCUCUGGCUCGUGGCUGGACUGUUGGCAAUCGCUGUUUACAAGAAGUCGGACACGAUUCUUCCUGGUGACAACUAGUGCACACGAAGAGUGCGUGAAUCGGUACUCUUCAUUGCCUUCCGAUUGUCUUUAUUGUUCCUUUCUCUCUAUUCUAGCCUCUUCUUUACUUGUUCCAAUUGUAUAGCCUGUAACUUUGCUCAGUGGGUGACUGACCAGACAGCUCUGCUCAUACAUGUAUAUCUAGGUUGUGUGCAGCUGUGCUUUUCUACUUUUUCAAUGAGUUCUCUCACACCUCCCCCCCCCCCCCCCCCCCUCACACCCUUGGCUAGCUUUGUGGAUAUGCCGCAGCAUCUACAAAUGUCCUCAUUCCAGCAGCUCAGACCGCUUCUGUCCAUCACAAGAGGUGCAUGUUCUUUUUCUAAUCAACUGCUGCAGUAGGUAAAGCUAACUAGGAUCUGUGAUUUUUUUUUGAAGUGUUAGAGUUUGAUGAAUCCUUGGAGGAUCAUUGGGAGUUUUUAUUCCUCAUAACAAUGAUGUGUCAGGCGAAA